AUGACAGUUGCAGUGUAUAAGCAAUUUUUAGCCAAUAAAAUAAGACAAUCUGCUCGUGAAAUGGGUCUUGAGGAAUUUAUCUUAAUACAAGAUAAUGAUCCUAAGCAUACCUCAAGACUUGUUUCCAACUGGUUAGAUAAAAAAGACAUUCAUGUUUUAAAUUGGUUACCACGGAGUUCAAUUUAA